AUGCAAAAUAAUAUUUCACCUUAUUAUUCUUAUCCACAAAUUGGAUACGCAUCACAACCAUCAUACUAUGCGCCAUAUAUGAGUCCCUAUGCGCAUCCGUCACCUCCAUAUAACAAUGUCCAAUAUUCCAACUAUCCAGUAAAUCAGUCUGGUCAACCGAUAGGAGGAUCUUUAUAUGUUCCACCUGCUGUCAAUCGAAGUCAUCUGGAACACAAUCCAUUUCCAAGGUAUGGACCAACUGUGCCAACUCAUGAUGAUUAUAUGUAUCCUACGUUGUAUGAUCAAAUGUAUGAGCAUAAUCAUCAUUAUGACCUUAGUCAUCAUGACAAUCACAAUGAUCAUUACUAUCAUAAUAAUCACCAUCAUCAUUAUCAACAUCAAUAUCAUCAAAACAGUCAUUCCAAUCAUCAUUCGCAUUCUUCUAAUUGUGUAGACCCAAAAACUGAUAGUGUAUCUUCAACAAAAGAAAAGCUCUCAGAUUCAAGUCAAUCCGUUUCGUUAACGAACGAUGAAUAUAAACAAUAUAUUGUUGAAAAUUUGACUGGGCGUGAUUGA